GCCAGUGCGCAUGCGUGGAGAGCGGAGUGUUGUGGUCGGGUCGUGUUUGUGAUUUUCCUCAAAAAAGUGCGAAAUAAUGUCGAAAAUCAAUGAAACUUGCACGAAGUACCAACGCUUCGAGUAUUUUUGAGCUGUUCGGACUUGCGUAGCGCGAAAAUACGGCUUUCGGACGAUCCUCGGCGUUUUUUCUGCAUACGUGCACUUUAGUGUGUCAAUGAUGGCGGCUUGACAACCUCUCACACCGUCAACAAAUAACACAAAUCUGCAUGAAAAUUAUGGAUUUUGGUCAAAUUCGUGUUCGUUGAGUGUUUUUUGGUGAAAUUCGAGUGCGAAACUAGCGAUAAUGGCGACGGACACCAACCAGAGAUGUCCCAAGAUUAUGGUGUUUCGGCCCACCUGGGACGAAUUCAAGGACUUCACGCAGUACGUCCAGCACAUGGAGUCCAAGGGGGCGCACAAAGCGGGACUGGCAAAGGUGAUCCCGCCCCCCGAAUGGGUGCCCCGCAAGUCCGGCUACGACAUCGAGAAACUCAACGUCACCAUUCCAGCCCCCAUCUGCCAAGUGGUCACCGGGAAGCAAGGACUCUACCAACAAAUCAACAUCCAGAAGAAAUCCAUGACUGUCCAACAAUACUGCGAACUAGCCAACUCCGAGCGCUACGCAACCCCCAGACAUUUCGACUACGAAGAUCUUGAGCGAAAAUACUGGAAGAACAUCACCUACGUGGCACCCAUUUACGGCGCCGACGUUUCGGGAAGUCUGACGGACGAGACCGUCAACGAAUGGAACAUCAACCGACUCGGGACCAUCCUGGAUUACGUGAACGAAGACUACGGGAUCUCCAUCGAGGGCGUGAACACGGCGUACCUGUAUUUCGGGAUGUGGAAGACCACGUUCGCUUGGCACACGGAAGAUAUGGAUUUGUAUUCGAUUAAUUAUUUGCAUUUCGGGGCGCCCAAGACCUGGUACUCGAUUCCGCCCGAGCACGGAAGGAGGCUGGAACGGUUGGCUAAUGGCUUCUUUCCGAGCAGUUAUAAAACGUGUCAGGCGUUUUUGAGACACAAGAUGACGUUGAUAUCGCCGCAGAUUCUGAAGCAGUACUCGAUUCCGUAUAAUAAGAUCACGCAAGAGGCGGGGGAGAUUAUGAUCACGUUUCCUUAUGGAUAUCACGCAGGUUUCAACCACGGCUUCAACUGCGCCGAAUCGACCAACUUCGCCUGCGAGCGUUGGAUAGAGUACGGGAAACGUGCGUCACAAUGCACUUGUAGCAAAGACAUGGUGAAAAUCUCCAUGGACACGUUCGUCAAACGAUUCCAGGCGGACCGCUACGAAAUGUGGCUGAAGGGCGAAGAUAUAGGCCCCCAUCCUGAAGAACCCAACAAGCAAGUCGCCGCACCUUUGCCCCUCCCCCAGGACAUCCUCUGCAACAAGAAUAACGAUUCGUUGCCGGCUGGUUUGAUCGAAGGCCAACUCAAAAAAGCGAAGAAGGCGGGACGUAUGAUGAAUUACACUCAGGACUUCUCCAUGGUGGAUUUCCCGGCCGAGUUGCAGCUACAACUGAUGGAAGAGGACGACAUGGGUUACGUAAACGGGGAAUUUCCGCCAGACGAACAGCAGCUCGAAGUCCUGGAGGACAUCUGGUUGAAAGCUGGCGAAAUCGAAGCCGAAGACGCGAUGAUCUGCGACGCCGGGUACAGAGUCAACAGCAAAAGGAAGUUUCUGGCGAAAAAGCGCAAACCCAAAGACAGCAACGGGAGGAGAGGGCGUCCACCGAAGAAGCGUUCCAAGGAAGAAGAGGGCGAAGAACGAAGCGAAGAGAGCAUGGAAUCGAACGAACUCACCGGUAUCUACGCACCCUGUAACAGCAAGAGCAAAAAAGUGUGCGGGAAAAUCGUGGCUCCUGUGGAUACUUCCGAGUUGGUCAAGUCUUUGGUGGCGCAAGAAACCAACAAGCUGUUGCACCACCACAAGAAACACAAACACAAGCACGAUAAACACAAGCAUAAGAAGUGCAAACACAAUAAGUCGGCGACGUCGACGACUUCGGAUGUCUCGAAUACGGAAAACGGCGAAACGAACGAAGUGAAGAAGGAGAUCGACGAUAUUAUAAGGAAGGCGCACGAAGAGCACGAGCAGAAUAUUCUGAAAGAGACCGCUUCGACGGAACCUAAAGAAGAAACGUCGGGUUCGAAUAAUGCUUCAGAGGCGCCGAAAUUGGCACAGAAUAAUCUGCUGAACGAGCUGAAGGCAUACAGGAAGGUGAAGGAUCCGGCAGAAGGUUUCAGAAUGGAUCAGAAAGUACAAACUAUACACACUUCGAAGGGGACUAUUACUUUGCUCGAAACGAGACCGGUUUGUUCGAAGCCCGUGCCAGAGGUCAAGCCGCCGGUCAUGAAAAUUAAUUCCGAUAAGAAGAAUAUGUACGAAGACGCGUUUUUGACUUUCCUGUCCAGAACCAAAGAAGAGCCAGCGAAGAAGGCGCCCAAGGAGCAAGCGAAGUGUACAGAAGAGAACGUUGAGGAUUUUACUAAGGUACCUGAAGCGACUUCGACUCCCAUCAAGUCGAACGAGCUCACGAGCACUUCCAUGCCCCAGCUCACCGCCCCCGAGCCCGAACCCGUCAUGGAGCACGAACAAAUGCCCAUGCUCGACCCGCAACCGGUCCCCAUCGAAGACGCACCACCAGUUCAACCCAAUCCUCCGACGAACACAGUGCCUCAACAGAACGGUCAAUCCAAAAACAUAAACUUUCCGAACGUCCCCCAGCAGUUUUUUCCGAAGACGCCCCACAAGCCCAACAUGAUCUGGAGCAACCACAAAUACUACACCGUCAACCACUGCACAACCACCACGUAUUUAAACAAAGAAAGGUUUUAUCCAAUGACGAAUUGUGCAAUAAAGCUGGACAGCGAGAUAACGCCGAUAAACGAGGUUAUAGUCAAAGACCGCGAAGUGGAGGAUUCGGAAUGCGAGUCAUGCGAUUCUUGCUGCGAUUCGUGUUCGUGUUGCGAUUCGUGCUGCGAAUCGGAGCAAGAUUCCGAAGUCGAGGAGAAGAAAAACGAGGAGAAUUCGUCGUUGAUCUUGAACAGUAUUAUCAAAGCGGGCCAGGUGGAGGAGGUGAAGAAGAAACGCGGGAGGCCGCCGAAGAACAAGUUCAAUUUGGAACGAUUGAAGAAUAUAACGCAGUUGGUGUUGGGGGUGAAGAACGGCGAGAAGUUCUAUAAUAACAAGAUCGAGAAUUUGAAGAACGCGUUCCAGAAGAGGAGGCCGGGGAGGCCGCCGAAGAACGCGAACAACAACAACACGAUGACUGAUUUCCACUCGUAUAAUAAGAAGCUGUUGGAGAAGAUGGCCAAGUUGACGCCUCUAGAAGCCAAAGUUAAAUUAGUCAACGUUCUAGAUAAUUUCACUAAAGAUGUACAAAAUUACUUGAAGUCGGGGUUGCCGUUGCUGAACGUGAGCUCGCUGUCGAUAGAGGAGGGGGAGAAGCGGCGGAAGGAACCGCCUAUAGAUGGGCAGAUGCAGUUUAGGGUUAAUUUGAAGGAUGUGGUGUGGGCCAAACACCGCAACGGUAGAUUUUAUAAGGCUAGGGUGGUGGAUGUUAAGAUCGUGACGUAUCUGUGCGUCUAUUUUCCGUUCGAUCAGAGCUUCUGCAAGGACGUUCUGAAGACGGACUUGGUGGGGUGGGACUUGACGAAGGUGCCGACGGUCGGGGAGAAGCUGAAGGUGCGGUGGAAGGAUGGGACGGUGUAUGAUGCAGACUACAUGGGGCGGACCGAUUGUAGGGUGUAUGUGGUAUUAUUCGAAGACGAGUCGAGUUUGGAGCUGAAGCGCGACUCGAUUUUCUCGCUUUCCGAGACGAUACCGAAAAAGAUCGCUACAAAAUUGUCGUACGCUAGUGAUAUGCGAAACAGAGAACAUCUGUACCAGCUCGAGAGGCAACUACCGGAAAAAAGACCCGUCAAGAAGAAAUGCUUCGAGAACGAAUAGUUAAGAAUCUAAAGAUUUAUUUUAAAUUCAUAAAGUUUCUUUCGUUUCAAAGACUGAAUCAAUUUGGAUUAACAUCAUGGUAUUUCGUUUCAAUUUUCGAUUUUUUUUAUUGUGAUUGAUUUAGUUAUGUAUUCAUACGUAUAUUUGGUCGAUAGGCUUUAUUAUUUUAUCUUAAGUGUGAUAAAAAUCUGUAUUUAUUUAAUCCAUAUUGUAUAUACAGAAGUUCUUUUUAUGCCCUAGAUUUUUGAGAAUACACUGUAAAAUAGGAGUAGUUGCAGAUCAAGUGUUGAAUAAAUUUCUCCACGUUUAUUGUAA